AUGGGAUUUGAACAGUCCCAACAGCCCAGUGGUUUCUUGCAGUCCCUGCUCGGGCCCCGGGCUAGGUCCCCUACACCGCCACCCGAAUCUUCUGAGAAAAGAGCUGAGACACCGGUAUUGGAGAUGCUGGCAAAGGGCAUGAAGCAGUUGCAGGACUUGCAGGCACAGGCCAUGGCAAAGGGGGCAACAUCUCCAACCACCACCGAGCAGGUGAAGCCGGGCACUCUGGCCCUGUCUCCAUGGCCUGAGUUGAAGACGAAGGAUGGAGCAGGCGCAGCUGCUUUACAGCUGCAGGACUGGCUGGAGGUGACAUCAUCAAUCAUGGCGGAUGUGAGUGAGAACUCAGGCCUCUGGUGGAACUCCCUCAUGAGCAAGGUGAAUGCCACCUAUUCAGGGUGGCUGGCGGCGACACCAUUGGAAAGGCUUCAGAUAUCCCCAGGGAGCUCCGACGAAUUGUGUGGAGGAAGGUGGGUGAGAGUGAAUGCAAGGGUGUCGUCAAUGAUCCUCUCUGCUAUGGGACCUGAGCUCAAGACCGACAUGGUGAGUCAGCGAGUGACUCAAAGCUGCCCUAGGAUGAUUUUCCGCUUGCUGGUGCUGUUCCAACCGGGAGGAAGUGCUGAGAGGGAGGAAGUGCUGAAAAAACUCCAAAACCCAGCGGAGUUCGCAAGCGGAGAAGGUCUUGAUGAAGUUCUGGGGGUGGUGCGAAGCUGGCCACGGUGGCUGGCUCGAUGCAGAGCAGUUAACAUGGCCCCACCGGAUCCUUCUGUGAUGGUUCGAGGCCUGAUGGGUUUAACUUCAGCCCAUAUCGCCGGCUCUGCAGAUGCAGCUUUCAGAACCUCCAUGCUCCGAACGAGUCUUCGUCUUGACGGUCAACCCACCUUGGAGCAGGUUCAGGACUACCAACGACAUUUGCAAGCAGAGCUAGAAACCCUGGCUGCCUCAACCACGGCGACUACGACAUCUACAACCUCAGGCCCUAGGGUGAGAGCUGUGGAGGCACCGACAUCUCCAAAAAGGGAGAAGGAAAAGGAGAAGACUGCUGAAAUGUGCCGCUAUUUCAUGAAGCCAUCAGGGUGCCGGAGGGGCGCUAAGUGCUCGUUCUCGCACAACAUGGGAAGCCUUGAUCGGGAAACCCGGUCAAGGAAGUGCCUGCUGUGUGGUUCGGAGAGCCACAGACAAAAGGAUUGUGUGGUCAACAAGCAGGGAGCGAGGCCCAAGGCAACCACGACAUCAUCAUCGACUACCAGGGCAGUGGGUGAUGGGUCGACUUCAUCCCGAGCUCCGGGGGUUGCAUCUGUGAGUGCAACACCAGGCGAUGGUGGAGACCUCCCAAUCCAAGGCGUUCCUUGGACCCUUGAGACCCUCAUGCAGGCAGCCCAACAAGUUGUGCAAGCCCAGGUGGUAUCGCCGACCUCGGAUGGAGAAAAGAGUCCGGAGAAAACCCCAACGACUGCCAAGGUGCUGGUGGUGAAGGAUAUCAGAGUCUGCUCGGUGCAGGCAACGACCUCAGCUUUGUUGGAUUCAGGGGCCACUCAUGCACUCCGGACAGCCACAACCUGGGAUGAGUGGACAAAGGCAGAUGAGGUGAUGGUUCAGUUGGCGGGCAGUCACUCGCUCAAGAUGAGAAUGAGCACGGCGGGAUCGCUACUUAUGCCACCUGGAGAUGAGAAGGGACCUGGGGGUGAGCAAGUCCAAACCAUAGUCCCACUUGGAGAGUUGGUGAAGGUUCUGGAAUACACCCUGCAGUGGUCACCUAAGCAGUGUAUCCUCGUCGGCCCAGGAGGUGAGACCACCAAAUUGAACAUCAACUCCGGGUGCCCCCAGCUGUGUGAGGCCGAGGCUUUGGCAUUGAUAGCUCGACUGGAGGAACGAAAGCGAGAGCAGCUGCAGAACGAGACCCUGGAGACUGAGGACCGGAUUGCAAGGGUGGCAUCCUACAUGGAGAAGUCCUGGUUCGAGUACAUGCUAAGCUACGCCACUUCUGGAAAUCGUGAGCAUGGACUACGAGCUCUUCGUGAUGCACCGUUCUUGCAAGAAGUCCCGGGGGAGUGCAUCAAUGGGUUGAUACCAGCGAAUGAGUCAGGAGGAGGAUGGGAUACCCUGAAGAAGGUCACCUACCUGACGAGAUCCCAACGGCGAGCCUUGUUGAGUGCGAAAAAAUGGGCAAUCCAUCUCUUUGCGGGCGAGGAAGGCCACCUGGAGUUCUUUAAGGCCCAUGAUGGCGAAACCAUCGUCCUGGAGGUGGACAUCAGACAGUGCCGAGGACACGACCUGCUGGGAACGUCGCCUACAUGGGAAAUGCUACUUUGGGGAGCAAGGAAUGGAAAGGUGGACUUGGUGUUUGGAGGACCGCCUGGAAGAGAUGGGAAGUCUUUCGCACCUACCUCUACGACCCCCUCGCUGAAGCCCUUGUCCUUAAUUUGCAGAAUGCUGUGGCUGUAUGUUGUAGCGGCAGCUGGGAGGAUGAUGAUGACGAAGGGGGCGCUAAGACACAAGGAGGUGGGGUUCAUGAUCGAGCAUCCAGGACCACCUACAUGCACUUCGGGCGAGUCAACCAACAAUCGCCACUAUCUGUGGGAAACCAACCUUUGGAAGGACUUCAAGAAUGAGACGGGCAUGUUCGAGGUUUCGUUUGACCAGGGAGGUACAGGGGCGGCCUGCUCAAUGAGUACCACGCUGGGAACCAAUGUACCUUAUCUACGAGGAUUGGAGGGAAUCACCGGUGACCACGUCCCAAGGGAACAACCUCGAGGUCCCGAUCAGAGUCGGUGGUCUCCUGGCUUCGUGAAGGCAUUGGUGAUGGCGUUCCACAUGUGGUCCAGAAGUCCGAAGGUGUAUGCCAUGAGCCCGGAAAAAUGGAAGGCGCAUGUCGAUGCCUCCCACCUCCCCUACAGGAGGGACUGUGCUACAUGUGUCAUGGCAAGAGGAACUGGAAAGCGCCAUGCACGAGUCCACCACCCCGACAGCUACAUCCUCACUUCAGACCUUUCGGGGCCCCUGAAACCAGGUCUGGACUCAGCUACCAAAAAAACACCGGCAUGCAACCUCAGAUACCUGCUGGUGGCGAAGUACAUCUUCCCGAAGGAGUUCGCCAGGGCAUAUGCAGGGAAAGAUCCACCACCAAAUGAGGGCCUAACACCUUCGCCAGAGCCAGAACAUCACGUGGAGCAAGAGCGCUUGGAGGAGGAACCAGGACAACCACUUCCCGACGAUGUCCUGGAGUAUGAGCCGUCCUUAGAUGGAGAUGCGGAUCAAGAGGGAAAUGGCCUUAAUCUGGUGGACCUGGAGGAGGACCCGGGCAAGACCGACGGUGAAGCCGAUGAUGAGGCCGAGGCAGUCGGUGAGACCGAGGAAGAAGAAGCUACCAAGGGACAUGCUGCUAUGAGGAAUGGUGACUGCAGGCCCCCAGAGAUGACAUCGUUGACCUUUGCGGUGGGUGUUCCAAACAACAAGGCGAAUACGAUUAAGGGAGCCCUUCAAGACGUCAUCCUGUACCUCGGGGCUCAUGGAUUACCAGUCCUUCGUUUCCACUCCGAUAGAGGAGAGUACUACUCGGCGAGCUUCAAGGCUUGGCUACGAGAACAAGGGAUCAGGUCUACAUGGGCAGAAUCAGGAAUUCCUCAAUCCAAUGGCCAUGCCGAAUCAACAGUUCGCUGGGUGAAAGACAGGGUUCGCACAAUGUUGAUGGCAGGUGAGCUACCUGUACGACUUUGGCCAUCUGCAGCCGAAACUGCAACCGCGGAACAGCGGGCAAGGGUCUUGGGAUGGAGGUCUUCGUUGUUGGCUCCAUUUGGAACGCCUGUCCAUGUGAAGAAGCGACCCUAUACAGCCCUUGGUCCGAGGAGGAGUGCCGAUACCUUUGAUGCUCGUUGGAUGAAAGGGAGAUACGUGGGCUUGAGUGGGUUAUUGGAUCGAGGCCAUGUGGUUUUCUUACCUGAAGAGGAGGGAAGAGGAGAAACUUUCUUCCACACCUUCCAUGUGAGGCCCAACCUUGUCGACCCCGGCGAACCUACAACGACUUUGAUGGCAGAAGAAGCCCUCAAGCCAUCCACACGGCUGAGAGAGAAGACUCAUCCUGCGGAUGUAAAACCAAGGGUUGCAAUGGUCGAGAGGGUGAGACCGGGAUCACUUGAGGAGGAGGCAAGCCACGUCAUGGAGAUCGAUGACCAGGACCUGGACAUGGAGAUGGUGGAGAAAUGGUUCAAUGAGGGCCUUCUUGACAACUUCAAGUCCGGGGUUUACCGUCAUGGAGGUGUGGUUGGGAUGAUGAAGACCACUGCCGAACAUCCUUACCUCACCAAGGUCCUUACCCGAAUCCUGCGAAGAUCUUUGCCUGAGGCGACGUUCACCGCGGUUUUGCUCUCCACCAACACACAGCGGGAGGUUCACAAGGAUAGCAACAAUGAUGCCACAUCGCAGAAUUACCUGGUUCCGAUCGUUUGUCCAGAAGUAGGAGGGGGAGUAUGGGUCCAGUUGCAGCCUGGUGAUGUGGUGCAAGGUGAGCUUAGUCAGCGACUUGAUGUACGAGGUACCCAAGCGUUUGGAUGUGUUCACCCGCUCGUGAAGGGAAAGGGCAUCAUGUUUUCGCCAAGAAGAGCCCAUGAGGUGAUGGAGUGGAAGGGGAAUCGAGUUGUUGUCAUUGGAUAUACCCCCCACUGUCAUGGACACAUGGACUACCCCAUGGUUAAGGAGCUCGAAGAGUUGGGUUUCCAACCACCUCUAUCCCAACUACCAGAAUACUACUUUCCGAUGCCUGCAGUCUCCAUGGCCGAUGCGACCGGAACAGCCUCGGAAUCAACAUGGGCCGAGCAUGGAGAUAGCCAAGAACGAUGGGAUCAAAUGGAUUGGGAGAUGUUCAUGGAUGUUGGAGAUGGAAAGGUAAACCUUGGCGGGAAUGCGAAUAGUUCCUUUGGUCCUCAAGUUCCGUCGUUGAGCAAAGCCGAGGUGGGCUACACAAGUGGGAUUGAAGAGCUGCUGGCCUCCCUUAAGGCCCCUUUGGAUGUGGUGCACAAUGUUGAUCCUCGUGAAGUCAUGGAGUCGCUCGAUGCAUGGUUGCCAGCAAUACGAAAGGAGGUCCAAAGCAUUGAGCAUGCCAUAGAGAGAUUGAAGAAAGGCACUGCAUUAAGGGCGAGCUGGUUGCAGAAGCGGGGAGUACAGCGGCUCCCUACCAAGUUCGUCUACACGGUGAAGCCAAACGACAAGGCCGACCUCCGCAACCCUUCCACAUGGUACAAGCGAAAGGCCAGACUGGUGGUUUGUGGCAAUAUGGCGGUGAACAGCAAUCCGGAUCUUUACACAGAAGCAGCCCCAGCUGAGGCGGUGCGAGCAGCGCUAACACUGACGUGCAAGAACCAGUGGACAGUGGGGAUUCUGGAUGUGGUGACGGCUUUCUUGAAAACCCCUAUGGGAAGGUCACCUAGAGAUCCCGUGGUGGUGGUACAGCCACCCAAGCUGCUGGAGCGUCUGGAGCUGAUCGAAGAGUUCGAGCUGUGGGGUCUAAUCCGGGGACUCUACGGACUCAAGGAAUCGCCAAGGCUGUGGGGCACAUACCGGGAUCAUGAGUUGGCAUCCCUCACCGUUUCCAUGAACGACACCGUGCUCCAACUACGACGAGGCAAGGCAGUAACGGCAUGGUGGACAGUCACUGGUCCAGCUGGGGCACUGCUUGCUGUAGUAGUGAUCUACGUGGAUGAUUUUCUCCUAUGUGGUGCUCAAGAGACAAUCACUGCAUUGGCACGAGCGAUUCAGAGUCUUUGGGAGACAACGGAACUGCAGCUGAUAUCCCAGCACCAACCACUGAGGUUCUUGGGAAUGGAAAUAUGUCUACAAGAAGGACGACAGCAGUCUUUCGGCAUCACCCAGGAGGCCUACAUCAGGGAAUUGUUGAGGGCAAGAAGAAUACCUGCAACCCAACAGGACCGAAUCCCGCUGAGCAAGGAUACAGCAUCGUUUGCUGUGUUGGAAAGUGAUUCUCCGCCUAACGACUUCGACGUCCACCUUGCCCAACAGCUCACUGGUGAGCUCCUAUGGGUUUCCCAGAGGAGUCGCCCUGACUUGUCGUUUGCGACUUCACUAAUGUCGGCUUUGACGACGAAGGCACCUGCUCGGGUGAUAGCUAUCGCAACCAAGACUUUGGGUUAUCUUCAGCGAACAUUGGGACGACAGCUGACAAUCGCUUACGACGGCACGGACCUUUCUUUGUACUGUGAUGCUGCAUACGCCCCGGAAUCUGGAAGAUCACACUCAGGUUGGGUGGUGUUUUGGGGCGGAUCGGCAAUAGUAUGGCGCUCUGGACGUCAACCCGUGAUCUCACUCUCCACGGCGGAGAGCGAACUCAUUGCCCUGUUGGACGGCGCGGUCGCAACCCUUGGAGUGGAAGCUUUACUGCAGGAUGUGGACAUGCGGGUAUCAACAAGAACUGUAAACACCGACAGUACUUCGGCGUUGGCGAUUUCAACCGGAAAUGGGGGAUGGAGAACAAGACAUCUUCGUAUAAAGGCAGGCUGGAUGCAAGAGCAACUGGAUGCCGAGACCUUCUCCAUACAACACUGUGCUGGGAAGUUCCAAAGGGCGGAUCUCUUGACGAAACCAUUGGCGGCCCAGAGAAUUGGAGACCUCCUAAGCUUAUGGGGGGUGGUUGAAGAUGUGAGUUCGACAACUAUGACCCCUUCGAGCUCAAGGAUUGCUGCCCGAGUGCUGUUGGCCCUGGUGUGCUGCUUGUUGGUUACAGGAGUUAAGGCUGAAAAGGAAUCAGGUGGUGGAUCGCUGUCGGUUGACUGGGAUAUGUUGGUUGCUAGUGUUGCUGGCAAUAGCUGGGGUGGUCGCAGUCUGGGAAGCUUUGAAGUGGUUGGGUUCUGGAAUGGCAGAAUGGACUCCAGGGACGGGACCACGAAGACUUCGGAAGCUACAGAAGCUGCAAGAGGCUACCCAGCUAGGAUUGGAGGGGGCUACAUCCACGAGUCCAGCUACCUCCACGAUUCCAGCUACAUCCACGAUUCCAGCUACAUCCACGAUCCCAGCUACAUCCACGAUUCCAGCUACAUCCACGAUUCCAGCUACAUCCAUGAUACCAGCUACGCCUACAAGGACCCAGGCCGUUUUAGAAGCAAAUGCGAGCACACCGAGUCGUCCGACCUUUAA